AUUUCCCUUUAUCUUAAAACAAAUUUUAAUAUCUUAUAAAAUAAUUCGCAUUAAAAACAAAACGUUCGAAAUCUGAAUACUCCUUCUUUCAUUUACCCGCCGCACAUUUCUCCAAAUUUGUCUCUGAAAAUGGUCUUCAUGACCUCGCAAUUCCCUCUCAUUCCGACACCUCAGUCUUCAUCAUUCCUCUCACUCCAAUCUUUCUGUUCACCACAAUCACUCUUCACAAUCUUCCAUCAACGAUCCAAAUUUCUUCAACGCCAUUUUCCAUUUCCAAAUAUUCUCACAACGAUGUCGGAGUCCACCGGAAAAGGAUCAUCGAAGAAGAUCGUGGCGGCUCUAGAACGUGAGCGAGACGAACUAGCAACAGAGAAUACGAAAAAUAACGAGGAGAUCAAGAAGAUGAAGACGGAGAUCGAGAAGUUGCGAACCGAAUUGGAUUCAGCGGUGGAGCUGAAGACGGAGACGGAAAGACUUGAGAAAGAAGUGGAGGAAGCGAAAGCGGAAGUAGAGAAACUGAAGAAGAUUCUAGAAGAAAAAGAAAGUAAAAUCGAGGUGAUAGAAAAGGAAGAGAAUGAAUUGAAACAAGGGAAUGUGGAGAUGGAAAUGAAAGUUAGGGAUUUGGAGAGGAAAAUUGGAGUAAUUGAAAUGAGAGAAGUUGAGGAGAAUAGUAAGAGAGUUAGGGUUGAGGAAGAGAUGAAGGAAAAAGUUAAUGAGAAAAGGAGGGAGAUUGAGGAAUUAGGAAAUGUGUUGUUGGAGAAAAGAAUUGAGUUGGAGAAAUGGUUGAAAGAGAAUAAGGAUUUGGAAGAGAAAAUUAGGGUUUUGGAAUUGAGUUUAAUGAGUAUGAAGGAGAAAGGGUUGGAGUUGAACUGGCCAGUUGUUGCAGCUGGUUCUGCUGGGGGUAUUGCUUUGGUAACUGUUAUUAUGCGUUUCCUUUUUGGGAAAAGAAGGUGAGAGAGUAAGAGAGAGAGAAAAUGAUUCAAUUUUAAUGGAAGAACUAAGUGUAUGUUUUGAUCGAUUUUUAGUUUUGUAUUCCGGUGAAUUUAUUAGAAUCACUAUAAACAAAAUUGAUUUUGCAAGACCCAAUGUGAUACAAACAUGUACUUUAUAGUUUAACAAAACCAUAAUAUGUGACUGAAAUUGUCAAA